AUGUCUCUGGUGAUAGCUUCCACUCGCAAUGCAGCUGACGAGGAAGCUCGCGCCGAGGUCGAUGUUCUCAACUCACGCCUUGAGAAGACAACACAGUUGACUAAAAAGAUCCAGGCCAGUCUCGGCCGCCUCGAAGAUAGUGGGAAAAGCGUUCGUGACGUCGUUGGGCCCCUCGGCGAUAUUGAUAAUGUUAUUUCCGCGAUUGAGAAACUACGGCAACCGGCCGAUUCUAAGAACGAUGAGGAACAAAUUAUUCGGGCUGGCCCGGACAAGAUUGGCCUCUCAAAUUACCUGGCCUCGAUGAAGAGGUUAAACAAAUCGCUCGCCGACAUGAAAGCUUCAAAUCUCCGGGCGAAUCAGCAGACAAUGACAGAUUUGACCCGGCUCGUGAAGUUCGGGAACAACCUUCUCGAAUCCCACUUCCAGAAACUCGUCCAAGGCGAGACUCCCCCAAAGGUGGAAGUGCUUAAUUUCAUAACCAAAGACAAACUCUUCCCUGUCCUUUCCCAGGAUAAAUUCGCGAGACUUGGCCUUAUAAACGCGUACAUGGCAUCAAGUUUGCGCCAGACUGGUGUUUCGAUUUCCCCUCAAGACUCGUCGGUUGGCAAGGUCUACGUCGAUAUCCGCAGUCCGUACCUACUGUCGAGCCUUUCCAACCUAGCCACGGCAAGUGUCAAUACGGCCAAGAAGAAGACACUCGAUGCCGUAUAUCGUGCAGGGGCUAACGCCAUCGGCUCAUACGCCACGGCCAUGGAAGGCAUGUUUCUUGCGGAGUACGAUAAUAUAUGCAACAUAUUUACGCGGGACGAGUGGGGUCCCCUUUUCCAGGCUGUAUGCCAAGCAUCGAUCGCAGAACUUGCGCGAACUUUGAGAGAACUUAACUUGCAUGUGAAGGCCCAUUUGAAUACUGACUGCUUCUUGGCCUACGAAAUCACCGAGGUCAUGGCCAACCUUUCUGGUCGCAUCGAGACUCGCACUGGUGAACUAAAAGCGGCCUUGGCAGCAGCUCUCAAACCUGUCAGAGAAACAGCCAAAGCAUCGUUCGCUGAAGUUCUGGAGGAGACUCGAAGAAAGGCCAUCGGACUUCAGACUCUACCCCCAGACGGCGCCCCGAUUCCUCUCGUCUCCGAAGCCAUGCAGAGGCUCCAAAACAUGGCCGAGUUUCUUGGCGCGAUUUCCGGCAUCAUGAUCUCAAUUGGAGAUGGCGGAUGGAGGUCAAGCGCCAUGGCCAAGCGUGCAGGCGACCGCGCCCCGAGCCUAGCUUCUUUUGACAUUGGUGCUGAUGGGAAAGAGAUUUUUGUAAACUACUGUAUCGACACCAUCGACACUCUCCUCACCACUCUUAGUCAAAAGGCAACUGCCUUGCUUAGGGGCAAAUCCACACAGGGGGUGUUCCUUGGUAAUUGCGUGGUCAUUAUCGAGCGUAUGGUGCGCGACUCGGACCUCUUACCCCUGCUGGAACCUCGCAUGGCGAUGCUUGAUCAAUGGCGCAAGAAGGCGACAGCCCUCUACACCGACACGUGCAAAGACAUAUCAACACACUUAUUCGACGUUAUCCAUACGAAUCGCGCCCAGCGACCCACGUCGAGCCAAGCGGAUUCUGCGUCCAUUUUGAAGGGACUCUCAACAAAGGACCGAGAUAGCAUCAAGAGCAAAUUCCAGGCUUUCAACACCAGCUUUGAUGAGAUGGUUGCCCGCCAUCGGACGUAUAGUAUGGAGCGAGAGGUCCGCCAGAUGUUUGCCAGGGCAGUUCAGCAAAUGCUCGAGCCCUUAUACAAUCGGUUCUGGGAUCGGUACCACGAAAUUGAUAAAGGGAAGGGUAAACACGUCAAGUAUGACAAGUCAUCGAUUGCCGCAGUCUUUAUGAGUCUUUACUAG